AUGCAAUAUUUUCGCCGAUUUUCAUUAAUUCGAUCAACAUUUCGUUUUAUAUCCUCAGUAACCGUAGAUGUAAAUUCAUCAACGACUCAACAUGAAUUGAAUGAAAUCAAUAAAUUAAUGAGAACCUACAACACUACGGAAACACCUAUACGUACAGUUGCUUUGUUCGAAUGGAUGUUAAAUAUAAUAAAUAUCAAACCGGAUUUUAAUUGUUAUUUAAAUAUAAUCCGUGCCUGUGGUGAAUUAGAUAAUAUAAAUGUUUGUAAAAAAAUUCAGCAAUUUAUUGAAAACGACCGAACAUUACAAAUCAACGAGUAUCAUCAACUGCAAAUCAAACUUAUUUACAUGUAUGCGAAAAUAAGGAAUAUCGAACAAGCAGAAAAAAUAUUUCAAAGAGCUAAAUCCGCAAAAGGCAUUCCGAUAGAUAUUAGUCUGUUUGGUACUAUGUUCAAAGGUUACAAUAUGAAUGGGCAACCAAGCAAAACAGUUGAAUUAUACGAAAAUGAAAUAUUAAAUAACAAAACAAUCGAACUCGAUGCUAUAGCGGCAACAUGUGUACUAACUGCAUGUAGUGAUUGUCAACGAUUGGACAUUGGAGAAUACAUACACGAUGAAGUUCUAAGACUCGAUCUACUCAAUCCACCAAAUCUUCGAUUAGCAACUUCUAUCAUGAAUAUGUAUUGCAAUUGUGGUUCGAUCGAUCGUGCUCAAGAAAUAUUUAAUCAAUCGCUUCCCAUAGUUGAUCGUAUCGCUUAUUCAUCAUUAAUGAAAACAUAUCUGUCAAUAAAUCAGCCUGUUCAAGUUCUUCGUCUAUUCGAACAAUCGAAAUCAUCAUCGAUAAGAUCUGAUCCAGUUCUUUAUUUAAAUGUUAUUAAUGCAUCUAAUCAAUUAGGUCUUAUGCAUCAAGCAGAAUAUAUUCAUCGUUUGAUUCCAUCGCAUAUGAUCGAAAAUAAUCUUCUAUUAAUAAGAGGUUUAAUUGAUAUGCAUUCAAAUUGCUUACAUUUAACUGAAGCACAUCGAUUAUUUAAUUUGCUUGAACAAAAAGAUAAUAAUUCAUUGGCAAGUUUAUUGCAUGGCUAUGCAAUAAAUGGGCAUGGACAACAAGCAUUGAAUUUAUUUGAAAAAGUUAAAUCUGAAUUAAUAUUUAAUGAACAAGUUUAUAAAGAGAUUCUGCGUGCUUGUGCAUUUACCGGUGAUCUAGUCGAUGAAGCACGGGGAAUAUACCAAACAAUACCAGAUACCUAUAAAACAUCACAAGUUGCUGCUGCAAUGGUUUCAAUACUUGCUCGUGCUUCACUUUUUGACCAAGUAGAAUCGUUUAUUCAUCAAAAUAAGCCAAGAUUACAGAAAGCCUAUCAUCUUUGGUCUGCAGUUUUCAUGGUAUGUUAUCACGCGAAAAAUGUUGAAUAUGCAAAAUCAAUCUAUGAUGAAAUUAUUGACGAUCCUCUUCUAUCAUUACUUUUUGCGGACAUGACAAAUUCCUUGCCAUCGAAUGAAAUUAUUAACUAUUUUCGGCAGGAAAAGCCAGGAAUAUGUUGGACAGAAAUUAAACAUGAUGAUAAAUCUAAUUAUAUUAUACAUGAAUUUCAAGACAAUCCACUUUCGGAGAAUUCUGAAUUGAAUAUUGUGAUAAAUGAAUUAAAAUCAGUUGAUGUGCAUUGGAAAACAUUUGAAAAUGAUCUUAAAGAAUUAUUCUGUGGACAUACAGCUACUCGUUUGGCUAUAGUAAAAAAUCUGAUAUCAACUCCACCGAACACAACUAUUCGAUUGGCAAAAACAAAAUCAACAUGUCAUCUGUGUCAUGAAGGAAUAAAGCAGCUGAGUCUACUUAAAAAACGUGAUAUUAUUUUGAGAGAUAAUAUUCGUGUGCAUCAUUUUCACAAUGGAAAAUGUUCAUGUCGUGAUCAAUUUUAA